AUGGAGAACAAUGAAAACAACCCACCUCCACCACAUCAAGUGGAUGAACAAUUUGAUGAGGUGGCACCACGGCAUAAUAGGAUACUUAGAGAUUAUGCAAGGCCAGAUCACUUUGAAGGAGAGUCAAGCGUAAGGAGACCACCAAUAGCGGCAAAUAACUUUGAAAUCCGCACAUACUUGAUUCAGACCAUCCAAAAUUCAUGCCAAUUUACGGGUGAUGUAAGUGAAGAUCCACAUUCCCACCUAAUUGAUUUUCUUGAAUUAGCUGAAACUUGCAGGUACAAUGGAGUCACAACAGACGCUAUCAGGUUGCGACUUUUUCCCUUUUCACUAAAAGGAGAAGCCAAGACAUGGUUGCGAGGCUUACCAAGAGGCUCUAUUACUACAUGGGACCAAAUGACCCAAAAGUUCCUUAACAAGUAUUUUUCACUUGCCAAAACAAUUAAAAUGAAACAAGAAAUCAAUAAUUUUAUGCAGACAGAUACUGAAUCUAUAUACCAGGCAUGGGAAAGAUUAAACUCAAUGUUAAGAAAAUGCCCACAUCAUGGUAUCCAAGAUUCUGAUAUUUUAUAUAUUUUUUAUCAUGGUCUUAAACCCUCUGCUAGAAAUGUAAUUGAUGCAGCAUCAGGAGGAUCUAUAAUGGGCAAAACCACUGCAGAAGCCACACAAUUACUGAAUGAAAUUUCAGAAAAUGCUAUUCAAUGGCCUUCAGACAGAAUGAUUAUCAAGAAAGCAGCAGGAGUGAAUCAAGUUGAAGCUUUAAAUUCAUUGACACAACAAAUUGCAACUCUCACACAAAAAGUCGAGGCUAUUCAGGUAAAUGCGCACUCACCAUCUAAACUUGAGAAUUGUGAUGUAUGUGGAGGUAAUCACCCCAAUCACGAAUGCCAAGCUUCAACUCAAAAUGAGGAACAGCAAGUACAGGCACCACCUGGUUUUCAAAAUCAAAACAGAGGGCAGCAAAGUUUUCAACAGUAUGAACAACAGCCCCAAAGAACGCAUCAGCCAGGCCUUGAAGACCUUAUAUACAAAUACAUUAAGACUGCUGAUGAAAAAAUGGAAAGCCAAAAUUCAGCCAUCAAAAAUUUGGAAAUUCAGGUAAGCCAAUUAGCAACCCUCAUGUCAGGACAAAUUCAAGGUACUCUACCGAGCAAUACCGAGAAGAAUCCAAGGGAGCACCUCAAAGCCAUUGCCCUACGGUCAGGUAAAGCUCUUGAUGAUCCAUAUGCGGAUCGACAAGGAACUCCACGAGAGGUAGAACAGGUAAAUGAAAGCGAGAAUAAGAAUGAACCUAAGCUUCCAAGUGAACAAAAAGAAAAAGGUGGAAGAAAAUGA